AUGAGAAUCUUGUUCUGCUGUUGGACCUGGCAGGACACGAACCAAAAGCUAGUUGAGCUGGCGGUGGAGAGGCUGGCAGGAGCGCAGAAGGAGGUGGGUAGUGCGAGAGAAGCGGUGAAGUUCGCGGAGAGACACUGGCAAAUAGCCAUAGAAGGCAACGACAAGGAGCAGGUAAGUAUGUGGAAGCAGGAGGUCAAUGAGGCCGAGCAGAAGGUCGAGAAGGCCAAGCAGGAGGUCGAGAAGGCCAAGCAGGAGGUCGAGAAGGCGGAGCAGAAGGUCGAGGAGGCGAAGCAGGAGGUCAAGGAGGCGAAGCAGGAGGUCAAGGAGGUGACUGCCGAAGACUUCGACAUAGCCAAAUGUUCGCGGCCUCAGUUCAAGGUCAAACCGAGCAACUUCGUGCAGCUUGCCCCUUGCGUGAAAGCCUGCAUCGACGCUGUCGCAAGGAACUUGAACCAGCAAACAGACGCUACGACUGUGCGAGUUCCCCCGACGGUGCUCUCCCGGUGCAUGCGCGGGGGCAAGACCACAGUGCUGCUGCACGUCUUCGACGAGCUGAAAUGUGAGUCGAAGAACCCCAUUUUCAUCAGCUUUAACGGGGACUCUCUUAUCAGGCAGCUCGAGAACGAAAGCUGCCUGGAAGCAAUGCUGAGGGCCAUCGCUAUGGCGCUAAUGAAAGAGAAGCCCAAGAACCAUCGUGAGGCUGCGCGAAUUCGCUGCAGGCCGCAUGUCUUGGAGGAGUACCUGAAGGACAAGAACGAUGUUGUGCUCAUUGUAGACGAGCUGAAUGUCUUGCUGAAGCCAAGCGAGUCAGAUGGCUACGCAGCGGUUGGCGCGUUCCUGCGGGAGCAAUUCCUCGACCCUGCAGGCCGAUGCCUGAUUUUCAGCACUCAUGUUCCAACCAGCUUGGGCCUGUCCCACCUUCUUGGCGAGGGCUCAGGCAGCAGUCGUACAGCAGAGAUUGUAGAGAUGCCCAGGUCGGAUGACAUGCAGAAACUCAGGGGCAUGCACGAACAAUGUGAGGCUUUAACUCCUUGCGAGGCCGUGUACUAUGGACGAAUUCCAUCCCUAAUGUACUCUGUGAAGACGCAGUGCAACAGCUUCAACAUGUUGUCACGGUUCCAGGCAAUAGCCUCUGCACAGCCAACAGAAGCCUUGACCAAAUGUUUUCUCUCAGAGUUCUUCACGGGUGAGCGGGGUGCAGACUCAGCUCCAAUACGAGCCUUCGAUAGCCUGACCGAAAGCCCAGCCAGCGGACAGAUUCGGUGGAUCCUUGCCUAUGUGGGCAAAAUGUGCUCUCACCUGGGAUUGUCAGGAAUUGCCGCUUGGGUCGAGGAGAUCCCCAGGCUAUCGGGAAAGGUCGAGAGCGGCCUAGACUGGGAGGCCAUCGUGCUGGUCGCGCUCAGCCUCCGAUGCGUCCAGGCCAAGUAUGGCUAUGUCCACCCGCUCUUGAAUCUGCCAGAACUUGAUGAGGUCAAAGGCGUCUUCUUGAAAAACGUGCCACAGGAUUGGUGCAAAACGCUGCCCGACAUGGUGAAGUGGUGGAAGCAGAGGACCGUAUCACCUGAUGCAUUCCCGUACAUCGCAGUGCUGUCGCCAAACUACGCAAAGACGGAGGUUGUUGACGCAGCAUGGAUCUACCAGCAAAAUUCAGCGAGCAACUACGUGGUACGGGGCCUGCAAGACAAGCUGGGAGGAAGAACUGCUGUGCCAAGCGCGGACAUGCCAGACGGCAUGCUUGGCUUGCUUAUGAGAGGAAAAGCACCAUCCACAGGCAAGCAGGCCAAGGGCUGGGUGUACCCGAGCUCACGUGACAUUCGUGAUUUUUUGGGUGCUUCCUUGUCAGCCCUCUAUCCUUCUGACUGGUGGAGGGAACUGCGGCUGGGCAAAGGCGGUCGCAACAACUUCGUGACGUCAGCGCCAGGCAGCUGGUGCCCGGUGAGUAGCCGGUUGUUGCCUUUGCUUGUCCUUUCUGGUAUCGUGUGCUACAAGCUCGAAUAUCCACGGGCUGCGAGGGCCGAGCUGCGUUGGCGGCUGAGCUUGUUUGCGUGGGAGAG